AUGCUUCAAGAAGUCCAAGCAACGCUCACGUGGUCCAUCCCCAACUUCCGCCGCCAAACCAACAAACUCACCUCCCCCGUCUUCGGCCCCGCCGUCUGCACCUGGGAGCUCUCCCUGUACCCCGAAGGCCAUGGCGCAACACGGGACACGCACAUGGGUCUCUUCCUCGAUGUCGUCAAAACCGAUCAAGAAAAACAGCUCGGCGACGCCCACUGGUCGCGCGCCAUCAAAUCGUUCCGACUGUCCGUCAUGAGGAAGGACUCGCGGACGCCUGUCGUCAUGAAGGAACGCGAGCCCGAUGGUCUUGAGGGGUUCGGGAAGGGUUUCAGCCAUCCGAGGAGUUGGGGUUGGGCUGCGCUUCUGCCGUUGAGUAGGAUCGCGGAAGCGGCUACGUCUGAUGGGACCGUCGUGGUGCAGGCCGAGGUGGUGUGGCAGCAAAAGGCAGAGUUGGUCGGGUUGCUUGAGAGUAGAACGAAGGAUCUGCCUAGCUCGGGCAAUCUGCUGUUCAGUUGGAGGUUGGCGGACGUGAAAUUCGUUGUUCUGGAUUCGGAACACGGGGGGAUGCAUGGGAAAGCUGGGUUCGGCCCCAGCGCCCCCGCCUCCACCACCCCCGCGGCGCGCUCAACAACCAUGUCCCCACACGCCUCCCCCCACCACUCGCACCACAUCCCAACAACCAUCCCCGCCCACCGCGCCAUCCUCGCCUCCCGCUCCGACUACUUCUCCACCAUGUUCUCCUCGGGCCUCCGCGAAUCCUUCUCCCUCGACUCCCCGCACCAACCCUCCAUCGUCGAGAUCCGCGACUUCUCCCCCGCCGCCGUCCGCGGCAUGCUCGAGUUCCUCUACACCGGCCGCCUCUCCCCCGAAACACAACCGCAGACCCUCCCAUCCCGCUCGGAACUCAUCCGCCUGGCGGACCGAUACCAGUUGUCCGCCCUCCAUAAAUACGUCGCGGCGAUGAUCCUCGAGAAGGACCUGACGCUGGACGUCGCGCUGGACAUCCUGGAGCUGGCGGAUGUGUAUUCGAGCGCGAGCGAGGACCUGAAGGCCGCGUGUUUGGGCUAUGUGAGGGAGAACAUUGCGAAGCUGAAGCACAGGGAGAGCUUCAGGGAGUGGGUGAGGACGACCGAGAGGCGGGAUCUGAUGGUGGAGUUGUUUGCGUUGAUGUGA